AUGUCCAAGUCGUCGCUAUCCUCUGUCGUUUCAAACCUCGUUCGGGCGUCCAUGGGGACAGCCGUUUCUCCGUCCAUCACUGACGACGACCUCGACAGACAUGUCGCAGAGCUCAUCUUGAGGGAAGCCAAACAGAAGGCCGAAAGCUACGGCACACUUGGAAUUAGGGCAUAUCUUCCAACUGCGUGGAGCACAGAUGAUCACAACAAGACUAUACUCCGCGCACAGGCGCUUGCUGCACAGGAAAUUAAACGGGAGAAAGAUGAGCGAGAGCGCAGAGAUAGGAAGGCUCGUGCCGAAGAGGCUGCUGCUGCCGAGCGCAUGCGGAGACGGAGACCUGACCAUGAUGAACAUGGUUGGGAUGGUCGAAGGGAACGUGACCAACGGAGAGACAAAGACAGGGACAGGGGGAAAGAAAAGAGUUCUGGGAGGCAUCACAAGACUAAUAAAGACGAUGACAGUUACUACAGAAAUAGGCCCAGCAGCAGGAGACAUCGAUCACGUUCAGCAUCAAAGGAACGGGAUAGUGAUGCGAAGCACAGGACAAGCAACCGGCGAUCACCACCUUCCGAGAGAAUUAGUUCUUCUGAUAACCGUCGACAUAGAAGACAUAGACGACACGAUGACGACAAUUCCCGAAGGCAAAGGCGCCAUACAAGCCAUUCUACUUCUCCACGUCGCCCCGAGUCACCAACCCAGCCUGUUCCAGCAAUUCCAGUCUCCAGGAAAAGAACGCGAUCAGUAUCUUUAUCUGACGAUGAUAAUAGAAAGACCAAGCAGACGCGGUAUUUGAGUUGCCGUACCACUCGGUCUCCUUCCCGGUCAUCCCAAACAUCCCCAGACGAUGAAGCUGUAGAGUUCACAGAGGAAGUUCUAUCUUCUUUCAACGGCAAAGCAGGAGCUUCCGCCGAAUUUACCAAACCGCCCCCUCGUACCCUUUCACCUUCCCCUCCGCGCCGACCCCGACGCGCAGUCGCUUCGUCAGGUUCACACCACAACGCUCGGUCACCAUCUUCGUCACCCCCUCCUUUACCACCCGCGCAGCUUCCCUCAAAGAUGGACAAAUACUUUCAAGAAUCUUACGACCCUCGACUCGACGUUGCAACACUCCCUGUCCCCAACGUACCUGCUACUGGCUUGGUCAGUGACGCAGAGUUCGAGGGUUGGGAUGCCAUGCUUGAACUCAUUCGGCAACGGCGAGAAGAUAAAGCUGAAAAGAAGCGUCUUGAACGUCUCGGAAUAUCAAAAGACAAGGUCAACAAGAAAGAUACAGACAGUGGAGUUGCUGAUCGUUGGGCUAGUGGAGGCGAUAACAUUAUGGACAUUGAGUACAAGAAAAGGGGGACUGUUCGAGAAUGGGACUUGGGGAAGGAGGGUUUUUAA